GCCCGCUUAAUGCUUUCAUCCUAUCUUCAUCACGCACCUCCCGGACACUUGUGAAAGAAUGGGGGCAGGCGCAUUAGCCAUCUGUCAAAGCAAGCCGGCCGUGCGGCUGAAGGAGGACAUGAAGAAGCUGGCCGCCGCCUCUGGCCCCUUGAGCCGACGGAGGGCGCCGUCGUGGCGGAGGCUCUUCGGCGUCGGGCUGGUGGAGCUGCAGCAGCAGGGGCUGAGCCGCGACGGGAUCCCCACGGUGGUCUGGGAGGUCGUCGAGUACCUGAGCAGCCACGGGCUGGACUCAGAAGGUCUUUUCAGGGUGAACGGUAAUCUGAAAACUGUGGAGCAUCUGCGAAUGAAGUAUGAGAAUGGCGAGACCGUGGAGCUGCCUGUAGAGGGCGACGUGAGCUCAGCCGCCAGCUUGCUGAAGUUAUUUCUGAGGGAGCUGCCAGAUGGAGUGAUCACUUCAGCCCUGCAUCCCAAAUUUAUACAGCUUUAUCAAGACAAGCAAAAUGAUGGCCUGAAUGCUAACGUUUUGAGAGAGCUCCUGAGGCAACUGCCUGAGGCCCACUAUAGCCUCCUGAAGUACCUUUGCCGGUUCCUGAGGAGAGUUGCUGAGCACCACGCUGAGAACAGGAUGACUGUUUCCAACCUUGCAACAGUUUUUGGACCAAGCUGUUUUCAUGUAUCUUCUGGGUUUGAAGGUAUGAAGGAGCAGGAAAUCUGCAACAAGAUCAUGGCCCAUAUGCUGGAAGACUAUACCAUUUUGUUUGAGUGGCAGCUCACAAAGGAGGAGACAGAAAAGCACCCAUGUGAGGAAUUAGCAAAAAUUAUAUUGGUGAAAGAGGCCAGCUGCCAGCGGACCCUGCCAGUAAUUCUGAGCAGUUAUGAAAGAGAAACGCCAAAGCCAAGUCCAAGAAAGAAGAUCACAAAGUCGAAGCAAGAAGGAUCUUCUAGGGCACGCUCAGUGCCGCAGCCUACGCUGUCAGAUGGAAUUCCCCGGGUUAGCAUCCACGUAACGGGCAGUUUGCUUUCAGAGGAGAUGGAUUUGGCUGAUGAAAUCUCCUUCGUAAGCAGUGCUGCAUUCUUCAGCAGCUCUCAAGAGGAUGAAAGGCCUAUGUCACCCUUCUAUCUGAGUGCUCAUGUGUCUCAGGUCAAUAACAACAGUGCUCCUGCUUCUGGAGAGUAUUUAGAAAAAACCAUCCGGUCGGCAGUCGAGCAACAUCUCUUUGACGUUCAUGGAGCCGGAGGACAAAGUUCCGAGGACUCUGAAUCGGGGACCUCGUCAACGUCAUCAAACGUGUCUGCCCGGCAAAGAAGGCGGCACCAUAAAGAGCAGGAAGAAGCCCGAAGGAACAGAGAUAUGGAGGUCGUCAAUAAAGAGAACAUUCCUUCCGGCUUCAGCAGCAUCGAGGAAUGUAUGCUGACUGCACAAGAUGUUGAAAAAUUGCAAGAGAACAGCUCCGGGUACAUCGGAGAAAGGAGCAAACCAAAGCGACAGAAAUCCAGCACCAAACUUUCGGAGCUAAAUGACAACCAGGAUAGCCCUCUGAUGAUGGAAAGUUUUGGCUCUGCGAGGCCUCUGGAUAGAAGAGGACAAGAUGACAUGGAAGUGCUAUCGGAAGACAGCAAGGACAACGAAAGUGAUGGUGACUUGUUAAGACAUUCUCAGAAUUCAAACAUGAAGAUCCAGGAACAUCCCAGCAUGCCUGAAGCCAAACUACAGAGGAACCAGGAUGCUGACGGCCAGGAAGAGACCUUCGCUUCUGAAGUGCCUCGUCUGGACCUGACGGCCUUGUGCAGUGAAAGCAGUUGGGAAGAGCCCGUCCCGGCAUUCUCCUCCUGGCAGCGUGAUGGCUUAGAUUCCGAUGAAGCCCGCCUCUCCCCGCAGGCAGGCCGCCUGAUUCGACAGCUGUUGGAUGAAGACUGUGACCCCAUGCUGUCCCCUCGUUUCUAUGCCUAUGGUCAAAGCCAGCAGUACCUGGAUGACACAGAAGUGCCUCCUUCCCCUCCCAACGCGCAUUCAUUCAUGAGAAGAAGGAGUUCUUCUUUGGGCUCCCAUGAAGAUGACCGGGAAGAUCUGACUCCAGCGCAGCUAACACGCAGGAUACAAGGACUGAAGAAAAAGAUCAGGAGGUUCGAAGACAAAUUUGAAGAGGAGAGGAAAUACAGGCCAUCACACAGUGACAAAGUUGCCAACCUAGAGGUGCUGAAGUGGACAAAUGACCUGGCAAAGUUUCGGAAGCAACUGAAAGAGUCAAGGCUGAAGAUGUCGGAGGAGGACCUGGCUCCAGUGAUGCGCCAAAGGAGCAACACCCUUCCCAAGAGCUUUGGGUCUCAGCUGGAAAAAGAGGAGGAAAAGAAGCAAGACGUGCUCGAUAAAGCAACAAAGCCAGCAGUGGAGGCAACGCUGGAGUCCAUCCAGAAAAAGCUCCAGGAGAAGAGGACAGAGGCUAACCGGCCUGAGGACAUUAAGGAUAUGACCCGAGAUCAGAUCGCGGCAGAGAAAGUGGCUCUUCAGAAAGCCCUCUUGUAUUAUGAAAGCAUCCACGGAAGGCCGGUCACAAAGCACGAACGGCAGGUGAUGAAGCCCCUGUAUGACAGGUACCGCCUGGUCAAGCAGAUCCUCUCCAGGGCCAACUCCAUCCCUAGCAUCGGUUCCCCGUCCAGCAAGCGGAGAAGUCCUUUGCUGCAGCCAAUUAUCGAGGGUGAAACCGCGUCCUUCUUCAAGGAGAUCAAGGAGGAGGAGGAUGGCUCAGAGGAAGACAGCAAUGUGAAACAAGAUUUCACCGUCACCGUAAAAUCAGACUUUAACGUGAGAAGCUUCUUGGACCAACUAGAAGAUGAUGCUGAUGGCUUUGUUUCUCCAGUUGACGAUCGGAUUCAUUCAAGGAGCAGUCAUGAUACGGGGCUGUCAAACCUCCAUGCUGCCUCGAUGCCAGAACUUGUAGAACAGCUUCAAGAAGUCAGGGAAGAGAAAAAAAGGAUCCGGAAAAAACUGAGAGAUUUUGAAGAUAAUUUCUUCCGACAAAAUGGAAGAAAUGUCCAGAAAGAAGACCGUAUUCCCAUGGCUGAAGAGUAUAGCGAAUACAAGCAGGUUAAGGCCAAGAUGAGGCUUUUGGAAGUCCUGAUCAGCAAAAGAGAUAUUAGUUCCAAAAUCAUGUAAGGAAAGCACCCCUUGACCUUGCCAAUAGAGUUAAGAAGCUGGACAAGCCAAAGGAAUGAUUGCUUGAAGUACUCAGCAAGAUCCUUGUAUACUGGAAGGGUGUUUGAGGAACUCUCCAUGAACUGAGAAGCCGGACGGGGGGGUCUAGCAUCUUUCUUUAGACUUGUGGACUGUCCUUUCUCCGAGCCGGUCUCCCAAGCCAGCAGGAAAGAAGGGGUUACGAAACAGUCGAAAUGCUCUGUUCCAAAGGGGGAGGGAGGGUCCUUUGCUUUGAUCAGCUUGCAGUUUCUGAUUUUUUUUUAGAUGAUCAGAGUAAGAUUUAUGCCUUCUCCGGAGCGCGAAUGAAAAGAGAGAUGAACUCGCUUGAGCUGUCGCGAAUCGCCAGUUCUUUGUAAUCGUCAGACCAAUCAAACACCGGAGUCUGUUGUAAUGGGACAGGAUGCUGAUUCUGAGAUGAUUCUGUUCAGCUGUAGUGUUUGAAAACAAUAUUCUUGGGAAUCUUGCCUAUGACUGCAGUCUUGGUUUAUUGGCUUAUGGCUGUUUUGGUUUGCCACUGUUCAAUGGUGAAUCGCCACUCUGGGGGAAGCACUGUCUCCUGCCAUGGCCUUUGUGUCGACUUCUUUCUCAGAGCUAUUUCUUGUCCUUUGUUUUGCUGAAAACCUGUUUCAGGACUCCCUUUUCAGAGAGGGUCAGAGAUCCAACCAGCUUCCUCACUACCAAAAAAGGAAGGAGGGGGUGGUCCCCUUCGACCGCCAAAAAAGGAUAUCAUGGGGAUUGUAGGAUCUGCCUGUACAAAAGCCACGUGAGUUGGGGGCUGUAGUAAGAGUUGAGUGAACAAGCUGGCUGGAUCCAACCCAUGGAAAAAAGAAAACUGAACCCCUUGCAAUUGGGUGCCCUCAAAGCUGCACAAGCACUGAGCUGAAAAGAGAGUUGCUUGGGGCAUUGUGAUUGGACUAGGCCAGUGGUUUUCAGAUUGGUCUGGGGCAACUUGGGAUUCCUUACUAAGAGGUUGUUUGGUGAGGUGAUUGAUAAUGGUACACGAGCGUCCCUGAAAGCCAGUCUGUCUUCCAUUAUUGGUUUUUCUACCUUUACCACCCCAAGGCCAGGUCCCUGGAACGCUUACCAGAAACUUCCAGAGCAAGUCAAGAUUCCAGGCAGGGUUCUUUAUGCCUCAACUCUUCCUCCAAUGUAAGGAGCUGAGGGAGGAACCUUUUCCGCCGGAGGAAGGCGCCACACUUAGCUAAGUGAAGUGAGGGGAUGCAGCCCUGUGUAUUUAAACAUGGGACAAACCAGCCCAGUGCUUUGCCAUAACUCCCGAAUGUUUGACAGAUCCAUCAAUAUCCAGUGAUGAGGUUGCUCCCUUUCCUGUCCCGUGCUUAUCCGCAGCUGUUUGUGCAGCGAGAUUGCGGCACUUUUGAAAUGGUCUGUGUACAAAUUGUAGGUACAACGAUGCACUUUAGAGAAAGUUUAUAUUUUUUUAAGAUAUGAGAACUAAUAGAAAGCAUAACCAAAUUGUACUUUUAAAAAAGUUUUUAUCUACCUGACUUUUUUGUUAUGUUCUUUUAGGAUGGAAAAAAAAUGCGCCUGUGACUGAGCUUUAAGACUUGUCUAGAGAAGCCAGCAGCUGAAUAGGAAGUAAAGUGUAGUCAGCAGGAAAACCUUCCAGGCACCCAGUCCGGCACCAUUUUAAAUGUGUGUUUGAUAAAAAUGAAUCAUGUCAGAUCAUGGAGCUGCCUUCGCAAACUGUAUAAAUCUGUUGAAUUAAAAAAAAAAAUGAGUAAGAAGAAUACAUGCCAGAAUUCGAGCAAAUAAUUGCUUCUCCAAAUCAAAUCUCAUUUACUAAGAUUUUCUGAUUAAAGCUGAUGCAAAAAUGUGGACUGGGAUCCAAAGAGCUGCAGAACUAGUUCUGUGAACCCAAGAGCUCUCUAAGAGAUGCUUUUCUUGAACGGCAGUCCCUGAUGACACACACAACAAAUGAUGCUGGAAGUGGAGGGGCGUUGGAGAAGUCAUUGGUGACGUGGCAUGAAAAUUCAGGGUCGAAAGCAAGCCAAAAAUUCCACUAGGAGAACACAGUCCGUUUUCAUGAGACCAAGCGGCUCUUGGGAUCUCAGUCGUCAUUUUUAGUGGCUCUUUUCUUGCCAAAAUAACUGUGGGCAGGAUUUCUUCUUUAAUGUAGGGUGUGACAUUUCUACUUUCAGUGUCUGGGUUUAGUGUAAAAUGUGCCCUGUGCUGUGGGUGCUCACAGCUUGCUACGCAACGGCACUGUAUGAAUGUGGACGUGUGAGUCUUAAUCCCCCACUCAAGCACAUGUUUUGUAUAUUGCGAGUAUAAAUAAAUGAGGCUUGAGAUUUAUUUUAAAACCAAUUAAGAAUAAUAAUUAAUGAACCACUUUUAAGAUAUAAUGUUUCCUUGAAUUAAAAACUGGGGCCGGGGGAGAUGCUUAUGAAUUGUUUUUAUUAUUAUGCUUGAGUAAAUGGACAAAUGGUUACUCUUUUUUUUUUUGUAUGCUGAAGCUUGGAACCGAUUAACAGUUUCUUUUAAUUAUUUUGUUAGACAUCAAGGUUGGAUUUGCAGAUAUAUGCAGAUUGGGCUAAUCUGAAAAGUUCUGCUCUGAAAUGGGGAUCCACAGCAGUUUCCUGAACUGCAAAAAUAUGGUGAUUCAGUCCAAGAGGAGAAGCCAGCUGGCUAUCCCAAGGUGCAUUGUGGGAGAGCAUAGAGAGAAACUUCUCAAUUCCUUUCUGUUAGGAGAAGAAAACCACCAGUCAGAAGACUUUACGGCCAUUUGAGCAUAAAAGUUUUCCCCAGAACACAGGAGAUCAAAUCUUUUUAAGAGGUUUAAUUUCCUGGGGUCAGCCACUAAGCAUGCAAAUAAGUGUGAGGUCUUAUAGGUUGGUAGCUGUAAGGGCAAGGCCUGAUCCUGUUUUUCUCCCUGGAACUUUUGUGAGUCAACUCUAGAAUGGUGAUCAAGUUGUUUACAUCCAUGUUGGUCCAAAAGUAGAAGCCCAAAACACCAUCCAUGCAGUACAUGGUUGUUAAAUGGAUGGUGUUCCUACCAUCAGAUUCAUGCAGGAGUGACUCAAGAAAGGGGCUGUGCCUCGGUGGGGAGGGCGGGAUAUAAAUCGAAUACAAAUGAAAUUCAGAAGAUGCUGCGUGGAAAGUGCAUUGCUUUAGAGUUGAUCUUUCUGAAUUUAGGGGGAGGUAUUUGUGACUUUCCUGUAUCGUGCAGGGGGUUGGACUAGAUUACCCUGGAGGUCCCUUCCAACUCUAUGAUUCUAUGUUAGAAUUCCACUUCCUGUGUCAUGAGCCCUGCAGCAGUUGUUAGCAGCAGGUAGCUCCAGGUUGACUCAGCCUUUUAUCCUUCCAAGGUCAGUAAAAUGAGUACGCAUUUUGCUGUGGGUAAAGUGUAGAUGAUUGGGGUAGGCAAUGGCAAACCACCCUGUUAAAAGUCUGCCAAGAAAACAUAAUGAUGUGACAUCACCCCUUGAGUCAGCAAUGACUGGGCACUUGCACAGGGGGCUACCUACCUAGCAGCAGGUUAUCCCCAUUCAGAUCCAAGCCAAGCCAAGCCAGCAGGCAGGAAUUAAUUAACAGUCCUCCAUGCAGCUUGGUCAACCCACAGUGCACCAAACAGAUCAUUGGUUCAGACUUCAUAGCUCUCACUGCCUGUAACAGCUUACACUUCAGGGGAAAACGGAAGGCCAUAAACUUUGUCCCUGAGAGUUCAACUGCCUAGGUAAGCCAUUACCCCAGCUCAUAGGCGGAAGUACCCUCUAAGGACUAAAAAUUCCCAGAAUUCUUUGUAGGCAAUUAAAGUCUAAUAAAACAGCAGGGUUGAGAGGUCUCUUCUUGCCAUUCUGUGGUGUACGCUGGCCCAUUAUAAAUUGCAGUUAAAUAAUUUGGGGGGACAAUAGGCAGUCUUCCACCUAUUGUGAGGGGCCACCAUGUUUGCAUGAGGAUGUCCGUUUAUGUAGAAUUAAUGCCAAGUGUCAUAAAGUUCUGCUCUCCCAUUCUUCAUUUGUCUUAGGAGAUGGAUGAAGGGAAAUGGUGUAGUACAGAGAGGGGCAUUUCAUUCCUUUAAAAACUGCCUUUUUUUUUUCUUUGAGCAAUGCUGAACCUUGGGUAAUUUUGCCAGCAGGCAUCUUGUGGGCCCUAGAUGUUAUCUCGAAACACUUUCUGAGUUUUGUAAUGACAAACUAAUGUGGACAAUCUCUGGAACUCCUAAGAAGAGAGGAUUGGUAUAUUCAGUGUUCUCACCAGUACACAAGACAUCAACUUGUAUUCCAUCUCUGUUAGGUGUUCAAAACUUGCCUGAAAGUGUUCCGUCUUUAUGCCUGCUUGACCCUUGUGUGGGCAUCUGCAUGCAUUGACAAAUCCACCUUUUGUGUGUUUGUGUGUCUGUUCUUAUUGAGUGGUCUCUAUUAAUUGUUAUUAUCUCAGACACAAAGCAUGGCAUACUUCUCUCCAUAAAGCCCACUAAAAAGAAAUCACAGUACAGGCCUGUUUCAGUCAGACAGGCAUGGGGGAAUUUUUCUAUUGAUUGUGUCUUUAUAGUGUAUGUAUAUAUACAAUUGAUUUGAAAUCUGAAGCCAACAUCUGUCACAGGUAUGCCUGUAGGAAAAUCCUUUUGUCUGACUUUAUUCUAAGUUUGAAAGUAGCCUGCACAUUUUCCUCCCAGCAAUGAUCUGCUUUCUGCCCAAGAUAAUCCUUUUGGGCUCAGUUCUAUGUUUACAUCACAUCAUGUCAGCAAAAUUCAUUUGAAACACUGAAAUCUUUUUUUUUUCAACAUGUAAAACUGAUUUGACAAAUGUUGUAUGUGUACAUUUUCGUACAUGAUUGUAUUUUGUACAAAACAAAUAAAACCUAUUUUUGACUUCA